AUGAGUACCAAUAAUAAUUACCACUUGUUGAAUACUACUUCUUCGUCCUCCUCAUCGACAAGACAUUCUACUUCGGGAGUGCCAAUAUCAUCUACCCAUACAACAACAACAACACCUAACAUUCAAAUUGAAAAUCCUAACAAUCGUAAACGAUCAGAUAGCCAGCCUGUUUCCUCUCCUCAAGUAAUUUCCAAUGCACUCUUACAACAAGAUAUCAAACGAUUGACUUCAUCAACUAAUCAAUUAAUACCUCCAUCAUCAUCAACAACAUCUAACAAUCAUAAUCAACACAACAAUGGAGGAGGAGGUGGAUUAUUUGCUCAUCUCAUUCCUCCCCUCUUCUUGCCUCGUUCUAAUUCUAAUAACAAUUUAAAUAAUAAUAACAAGGAUAAUCAAUCAUCAACAUCAAUUUUACCUUCACCUUCUAAAUUUCUACGAAAGAGAAGACAAACACUUCAACGAAAUAAUUCCAAUUUCAUCAAUGAAAAUCUUGUUGAUUGUUAUCUGAAAAGUGGAGUCGGAACUAGCAGUUAUACUUUGCAAGAUUCCACCAGUCCAACAAGUAAUAUAACAUCCUAUAGCAGUGCACCAACAAUUAAUGAUAAUUAUUACAAUAAUUAUGCUCUAUCACCAAAUGCUGAUCAAAAUGCAAAUCAGCAACAAAGACAUACUACUGUUGAUAUUAUUGAUAUUAUAUAUUGUGAUGCUUCAAUGAAUAUUCAAAUGCCAUAUUCUCAAUAUCAAAAUCAAUUAUCGAAGAAUUUAAAACCAAGCACUCCGAAUGUUGUUUCUUCUAAUCCAAUGAUUUUCAAUACCAACAAUAAUUAUUCUAAUAAUUUCAACAAUUACAAUAAUAAUAACUAUAAUAACAAUUAUAACAAUUAUAAUAAUUAUACAAAUACUUACAAUAAUUCAUCUAUUCCCAUUGAAGAACCAUUAUCACCCGGAGGAGGUAGAAGGAAUAAUAAUGAUGAAAUGACAAAGGGUGCACACUUGAUAUACUUGUUACGAGUUAGAAAGGGAAAUAAUUUCUCUCGUUCAUGGUGCAUAGAGAAGAGAUACUCUCAAUUCAGUAAAUUACACAAAUCACUCCUGAAAGAGCAUAGAACUAAAUUGAAAAAUUGUGAAAUUUCCAAAGACUUGGAACUGCCAAAACUUCCACCAAAAAUCUUGAUAGGUAAUUUUAAACCUGAAAAUGUACAAAAAAGAAAAGAGUCACUUCAAACGUAUUUGGAUUUAAUGUGCAAGGGUAAUUCUGAUCUGGAUUCAUACCUUACAAAUACUGUGAAGGAAUCAGAUUUUUUAUCAUUUGAUAGUGUGAUUGAAUUUCUGAAAUUGGAUUUGGAUCAAACCUCAAAGAUUUAUCAAUUACCAAAUGAUUUAUUCUUGAGAAUAUUUCAAUAUUGUAUUUUUGAAGAAAUAUUUCCUAUAUUAGCACUUACAUGUAAAUGGUGGUACAAGAUUAUUUAUCAGUCAUUUAAAUCAUUAGAUAUGGUGUAUUGUAAUGAAAAUGUAUUCUUCUUGAAAAAGUCAGUGGCUAUUGAUAUUAUUGAGGAUUUGACAAAUUUGAUUAUCCGUUUUAAUAAUCUAGUCAACUUGAGAUUGCAUUCAUUUUAUGAACUUGAUGAUCAAAGUUUGAAUGUAAUUGUUAAGAAUUGUAGAUUUUUAGAAAAUUUAGAAAUUGUAGAUUGUAAUUUAAAGACACCAAGUAUUCCUCUUUUCAGAUAUAGAAAUGUUUCUCUAUCAGAUAAUACUACAGUGAAAAUUAUUGACUUUUCAAAUAAUAGAAAUUUGACACAAAUUCAUUUCAAGAAUGAAAUGAUAGAGUAUGGUAAUAUGAAUAAUAAUAUUUACCUUACGAUGGGUCAAAACUUGUGUCACUUGGAUUUAACCAAUACAUGUAUUACAGAUUCUACACUUGAAGAAAUGUUAUCUCAACUCUUUGGAGUUUUACAAACACUCAAUGUUUCACAAUGUAAAAAACUCGUCAAGCCACACAUUGAAAUGAAACAUUUGGAAACUCUAGUGAUGAGAUACUGUUCAAAUGUGACUCAUCCAGUUAUCAAAUGUAGUGGAUUAUUACAUUUAGAUUUAAGUUAUUCGAGUGUUAAUGAUGAGGAUCUUUGGAAUGGCGUUCUGAAUCAACCUUAUUCAGAAAAGUCAACACAAAGAGGAAGAAUAUUCAGAUUCUCUGGUGCUCUCCAAAUUAUUCAGAUUGGAAAUUAG